AUGAUGGAUGGUUCCUGCAAUAAAAAUAUUGUUGUGCUUGGUUUUCUUUGGUUGCUUACCUUAUCAAAUGUUGAUUUAUGCAUUUGCAGUGCAUCCUCUCAAGCUCAAUGCCUUCCAAGUGAGCGAGAGGCCUUGCUUAAGCUGAAUCAUCGUCUUUCAGAUACUUCAAACAGGCUUGCCUCUUGGUCUCCCCAUGAAAUUAAUUGUUGCAACUGGGAGUUCGUUGUUUGCAGCAACAUCACAGGCCACAUUCUUGAGCUUCACCUCACAACUCCUUCAGAGUUAUAUGAGACAUCAAAGUUUGGUGGUGAGUUACAUUCUUCUGUGCUUGAUUUGAAGGAUUUGAAUUACCUAGACUUGAGUGGCAAUGAUUUUGGAUAUAUGCAAAUUCCUACUUUUCUUGGUUCAAUGGCUAGCUUGACACAUCUUAACCUAUCUCAUGUUAGGUUUAGUGGAAGCAUUCCUCUUCAUUUAUGGAAUCUUUCCAAUUUGAUCUAUCUUGACCUUGGAGGUAAUCAUUUUGAAGGAAAUAUUCCUCAUCAAAUUGGAAGUCUCUUCAAUUUAAUCUAUCUUGACCUUGGAAAUAAUUAUGAUCUCAAUGGAAGCAUUCCUCAUCAAAUUGGAAAUCUCUCCAAUUUGCUCCAUCUUGGCCUUAGAUAUAAUGAUUUCAGCGGAAGCAUUCCUCAAGAAAUUGGAAACCUCUCGAAUCUAAACUAUCUUCAACUCCAAGGUUCUCUACAGUCUUCCAUGGAUAGAGAUGUAUUCUCAACAUCUAUUGAAAAUCUUCAUUGGCUUUCUACUCUAUCUUCUCUCCAAUAUCUUGAGCUCAUUCAUGUAAACCUAUCCAAUACCUUUGAUUGGUUACAGGUUCUAGAUUCACUUCCCACCUUGAGAGAAUUGCAUUUGUCAGGCUGUGAUUUUAAUAAUCAUUUUCAACCAUCCAACUCAAACUUCUCAUCUUUAAUUGUCCUUAGUAUUUCUGGUUGGUACUUUGGCAGUUCAUUGAUCCCAAAAUGGAUAUUUCAAUUGAAAAAUUUGGUUCAUCUUCAAUUAUAUGAUAAUGGUUUUCCAGGUUCCAUCCCAAAUGGCAUUCAAAACUUAACACUCCUUCAACAUCUUGAUUUGUCCCAAAAUCGGUUCAACACUUCCAUCCCCGAUUGGUUAUACAGUUUUAGUCAUUUAAAGUCUCUCAUUCUCUUUUAUAACUAUUUGGUUAGCACAAUUUCUAGUAACAUUGGAAACUUGACUUCUCUUGUUACCCUUGAUUUGAGUGAUAAUCUUUUAGAAGAGCUAAUUCCAAUUUUAAUGGGAAAUCUUUGCAACUUGAAAACAUUGUCUUUCUCAAGCAAUAAGCUCAACCAACAAAUUUCUAAAAUAUUAAAAAUCCUUUCUGGAUGUGCUUCACAAGCAUUGGAAAUUUUUUAUAUGGCUGGUGCUAGAUUAUCUGGCCAUCUCACUAACCAGAUUGAUCUUUUCAAAAAUCUUAUUGAACUUGAUCUCUCUUUCAACUCCAUUCAAUGUCCCAUACAUGGCUCAUUGGGAAAUCUUGCAUCUCUAAAGUACCUUAAUCUAGGUAAUAAUUCCAUUAAAGGAGAACUUCCUAGCUCCUUAGGAAAUCUUACAUCUUUGAUAUGUCUUUCUCUUCACGACAAUGCUAUUCAUGGUGCAUUUCCUAGCUGGUUGGGAAAUUUAACAUCAUUAAUGCUUCUUGAUCUCACAAACAAUCAACUUGAUGGAAAUCCUUUUGAAAUUCUAGGAUCACUCUCUAAACUGAAUGGCCUUUAUUUGGGACAAAAUCUCUUUCAAGGAGUCAUCAAAGAAGCCCACCUUGUUAAUUUUACCCAAUUGUGA